AUGACUUACUUCACAAUGCUAGUAGGAAUUUACUUUCCCUCCGUGACAGGUAUCAUGGCUGGUUCUAAUCGGUCUGGAGAUUUGAAGGAUGCUCAGAAAUCUAUCCCUUCAGGAACAAUAUUGGCCAUUGCAACCACGUCUUUUAUAUAUUUGUCUUGUGUAGUAUUAUUUGGUGCAUGCAUCGAAGGUUCACUUCUGCGUGACAAAUUUGGUGAAUCCGUUAGUGGUCAGCUUGUAAUAGGCAUUUUGGCUUGGCCAUCUCCUUGGGUAAUUGUUAUUGGCUCUUUCUUCUCUACUUGUGGUGCUGGACUCCAGAGUUUGACA